UCAACCCCUGCCAUUCUGUACUUCCCUUACCGUUCGUUUCCUAAGCGAAGCAAUCAUUCAGCACUAAGGAACCUGCAUUUAUCACUUGACCUACUGCCCACUAUCGAGCCUCCCUUUCCGGAGCCAGGUGAUAGAGAAGCUCACAAAGCUCAGCUGCAGAACGCACGCCCUGCCACAACCCAAACGCACAGCUGUGGGGCGCCUAAAGCACGGCCCGCACGGAGCAGGCGCAGCGCCCGCCCUACACACCAGCUGAGCCUGCGCGGGGCGAUGGGCGCGCGGCAGCUGCGGGCGCUGCUGGGCCUGGUGCUGCUUUGGAGCGGCGCCGGGAUGGCCGAGGCGCUCCAUCCCACCGCGACUCCGCCGGCACCGGCGCACGCAUGUUCAGAGUUUUCCCAGAGGUCCUGCGAAGAAUGUUUAAAAAAUGUUUCGUGCCUUUGGUGUUUCACCAACAACACUUGUAUUGAUUAUCCUGUAAGAAGCAUUCUUCCACCAUCUUCGUCGUGUUCACUCUCAAAUGCUCGAUGGGGAGUUUGCUGGAUAAACUUUGAGGCUUUAAUUAUUGCCAUAGCUGUAGUAGCUGGAAUCAUUCUGGUGUCCAUAGCAGUCUGUUGCUGUUACUGCUGUUACUGCAGAAAACGUUUCAAGAGUAGACCAGAUGAAGAAGAAGAACAGCUAGCUAGAAAGAGGGAGGAACGAAGACUGCAGUCUCUUCAGAGGAAACAUGAAAGAAAACAGAAGCAUGAUGAAAUACGUAAGAAGUAUGGUCUUCUCCAGGAAUCUGAUAAUCCAUACAGCAGAUUUGAGAAUGAAUAAAGCUGUGCACCUUCCUUCGGACAUGCAGCUCCAAAAUACAGAAAGAUUGUAGGUUUAUGGUGGUUUCCUUUGUUGCUUUUUUUCGUUUGCUCUUUGAGGUUGUCUUUUAUUUCUGAAGAUGGUUCCCCACCUCCUCCCAGUGGUUAUAAAACUUAGGUGUGGGCGGAGAUUUCAUGAAAUAUGUGUCUCUAUCUUUUAUCCAUAUAUUAUCCAUAUAGAACUGUUUUUCUUAUAAAUGGUUUGUUGUAGAAACGUGUGCUGAUUAUAUUAACAUGUUUGAAACAUUAACUUUCUUCCUCUUAAAACUGUCUUCUGUUACCCAAUUUAGACGGUUAGCAGUCACAAUCAAGUACUUAAAUUCAGCAUCAACUCCCACCUAAACCAUUCUUCCUGUGUUCCUAAAUAAAGAUUUUCCUUUAUUGUAUCUGUUUUUAUAAAAAAUAGAAGGCAGUAAGGGAGCAUAGCUUCACACAGCAGAAAUAACUGAUGUUGGUACUGAGGUAGGUGGAACUACAGCAGGCACAUUCUUAUGUACCACCAUAACAUGAGAGUGAUUUUCUUGUUAUCCCUUUGGGAAACAGUCUUCAAAACUACUCAACUGUUGUCGAAGGGCUUAAUGAGGGGAGCUUAUUUCUUUUUGAGUAAUGAAGUGCAGUUGUGAAAAUCACUGAUUUUUGAGAAAAGAAAUUACUUCAGAAUUGGCAGAAGGUAAUUCUUGAAAUGAAUGUAGAAUGUGACUAGAUGUGUAUGCACCUGCUUUUAAGAAGGAACAUCAGCCUCUGUGAACACUUCUUUUGUAUGCUUUUUUGUAAGUUGCCAAUGUUCUGUAGUUGUGAUGGAGUGAGCGCGGUGAUUUGAACCCAGCCAACACUUGAGCACUGCUCACUUGCUUGCUUCCCAUCCUGCACUGCACGAGGGAGAAAAUGGGAACAGCGCAAGUGAGAAAACCUAUGGGUCAAGAUUAUGACAGUUUAGUAAGUGAAGGAAGCAGGAGGGAGGGGG